UGACCCCGGCCCCGGCCCCGGCCCCCCACGGGCCCUUCGAGCCGAGCGGCCCCCCCGUGCCCUGUGCUAUGAGCUUUGGCUGUGACUUCUCCUCGAGCAGUUGCAAAUGAAAAUGGAGGAGAUGUCUUUGUCUGGCCUGGAUAACAGCAAGCUGGAGGUGAGUGCCCCCUGCCCGGCCGGGCCUUGGCCCCCGCCCCCUUCUCGGUCACUUGCAGCCCCCACCCAUGCCCGCUGCCCCCAGGCCAUCGCACACGAGAUCUACACGGAGCUGGUGGAGGAUGCCUGCCUGGGGCUGUGCUUCGAGGUCCAUCGGGCAGUCAAGUGUGGCUACUUCUUCCUGGACGACACCGACCCCGACAGCAUGAAGGACUUCGAGAUCGUGGACCAGCCUGGGGUGGACAUCUUCGGGCAGGUCUACAACCAGUGGAAGAACAAAGAAUGCAUCUGCCCCAACUGCAGCCGCAGCAUCGCCGCCGCGCGCUUCGCCCCGCACCUGGAGAAGUGCCUGGGCAUGGGCCGCAACAGCAGCCGCAUCGCCAACCGCAGGAUCGCGAGCAGCAACAACAUGAACAAGUCUGAGAGCGACCAAGAGGACAACGACGACAUCAACGACAACGACUGGUCCUACGGCUCCGAGAAGAAAGCCAAGAAGAGGAAAUCAGAUAAGAACCCCAACUCGCCUCGCAGGUCCAAGUCCUUGAAACACAAGAAUGGUGAGCUCGGUGGGAACCCUGAUCCCUUCAAGUACAGCAACUCGGCAGGAAUCAGCUACGAGACGCUGGGCCCCGAGGAGCUGCGGACGCUGCUGACCACGCAAUGCGGAGUCAUCUCCGAGCACACCAAGAAGAUGUGCACCAGGUCCCUGCGGUGUCCCCAGCACACGGACGAGCAGCGGAGAUCAGUUCGGGUUUACCUCCUCGGCCCCUCCGCGUCCCUGCCCGAGGCCGAGGGCAGUGUGGAGAACGACAGCUUCGAGGUGGCAGAGAGCCAGGCCCUGAUGAGCAGGCUGCAGUGGGAUGGCUCCUCCGACAUCUCCCCCUCCGACUCGGCCUCCUCCAAAGCCAGUACAAACAACUCUGAGUCCCGCAAGACCAAGAAGAAGAAGCCUCACCUGGGGCUGGUGAGCGGCGCCCCCGGGCUGGGCUCCAGCAAGAAGAAGAAGCCCAAGCCCCCUGCCCCCCACACCCCCAGCAUCUACGACGACAUCAACUGAGCGCAGCAGAGCCCAGCCCGGGGGCGGGAGGGGCCCACGGACACGCAGACAGACGGACACAGGCCGAGGGCAGUCCCUCCAGCCCCCCCGAUCGGACAGAGUGAGUAGCUGAGCUGCGGAGGAUGGAGGACUGCAGGGGGGAGGGAGAGCACAGAGGGGUGGGGGCCGGACUUGGGAGCCCCCAUUAAUGCCCCCCCCCACUUCCUACCUGAGCCUCUCCCCCCAGCCCCAGCAGUGCCUCUAUUUAUUGUGACAGAUUUUGUACAUGGGGCUCUGGGGGGGGUCUUGCUCUGAGCGAAGGCACAAUCCCCCCUUCCUCCUCUUCCUCUCCCCCCUCUUCCUCUCCCCCCUCUC